AUGUUGGCCAGGAAGGGCCUCCUGCCGGACGGCUUCUUGCUGACCCGGCUGGCAGAGGACCAGAACCAGCCGAACCGCAGCCAUUCCAGGUCCCAGAGAGCCCGAUUCAUCACCAAAACUGGAUCCUGCAACGUGGCUCACAAGAACAUCCGGGAGCAGGGCCGCUUCCUGCAGGACGUCUUCACCACCAUGGUGGACCUGAAGUGGCAGCACUCGCUCCUCAUCUUCACCUCGGCCUUCCUCUGCUCCUGGAUGCUCUUCGCCAUGGCCUGGUGGCUCCUGGCCUUCGCUCACGGAGACCUGGAGCCCCGGGACCUGGACACUGAGCCGGGCCCCGUCCCCUGUGUCACCGCCAUCCACUCCUUCACCUCAGCCUUCCUCUUCUCCAUAGAAGUCCAGGUGACCAUCGGGUUCGGUGGCAGGAUGGUGACGGAGGAGUGUCCCGUGGCCAUCAUUGUUCUGAUCAUCCAGAACAUUCUGGGUCUGAUCAUCAACGCCGUGAUGCUCGGCUGCGUGUUCAUGAAGACGGCGCAGGCCAACCGGCGAGCCGAGACGCUCAUCUUCUCCCGGAACGCCGUCAUCGCCACUCGGAACGGCCGGCCCGCCUUCAUGUUCCGAGUCGGAGACCUGAGGAAGAGCAUGAUCAUCUCGGCCACCGUGCAGCUGCAGGUGAUCCGACGCACGGUGACGGUGGAGGGCGAGGUGAUCCCGGUGUGUCAGCUGGACAUCCAGGUGGAGAACCCUUUGAGGAGCAACGGCAUUUUCCUGGUGUCUCCUCUCAUCAUCAGCCACACCAUCGAGCGAGGCAGUCCUCUGUACGAGCUGUCCGCCCAGUCUCUGGCCUCCGAGGACCUGGAGAUCAUUGUCAUCCUGGAAGGAGUGGUGGAGACGACGGGGAUCACCAUGCAGGCCCGCACCUCCUACACCCCUGAGGAGAUUCUGUGGGGGAGGCGAUUUGUCUCCAUCAUCACAGAGGAGGACGGCCACUACUGCGUCGACUACUCCAAGUUCGGAAACACGGUUCCGGUCCGGAUGUCGUCGCUCAGCGCCAAGGAGCUGGACCAGACCAGAGGAGUCCAGGAAGGGACAUCAGACACCCAGCUGCAGGGCUGGGGGCUGGUCCGGGCCGGCAGGGGGGGCUUCCGCCGAGGGGGUCGAGCCUGCGAAGGCGCCGCCCCUCAGCCCUGGUACGCCCAAUCAGUGAAGCCAAACAAGGAGGCGGAGCAGAAGGGUCAGAAGAAGACGGUGCAGCUGGAGGUGAUUGGACGGCAGGAAGAGGAUGGACUUGGAGACUUGAGCGACUGAAGCGUCCUUGCCUUUAAUUUCCCACAAUGCAUUGCUCUCUCCCACAAUUCAAUGUUUUUCCGAGAAGACAAAGAGGAGUCACAAGUUAGAUAAACAAGAGUUCUGUUUGAUCUUCACAAAAACACACGUCUUGUGUGGA